AUGGCUAUUGGUUUUAUUUCCCUGUGGUCGCUGAUCGCUAGAACUGUGCUUGCUUCCAUAUCAAUAGAGGUAAAACCUUUAUUGAUAGAGUUUGGAAAAUCAGGUGUAGAUGUCAGCUGUGUUGUUAAUGGCACAAAUCUCAUCGGCAUUACAAACAUUCUGCUGAAGAGAUCCGAAAGCUAUGUUGUAUCAGUAACAAAGUUCAGAAUAGCCUGGCAAGAUAAAACGUUAGAUAAUAAAACGGGAGUAACAGUCAAUGCCUCAAUCAACAAUACCAUGACGUCGUAUCUUCGCUUGGAAAUAUCAAAAACAGUGGUCAGAUAUCCAGAGGAUAUGGGGACAUAUCAAUGCAUUCUCAUCGCAGUUACUGCAAGUGGUGAAACAAAGCGAUAUCAAUCCCAGUCGAUAGUGCUGAACAUAACAGGGUUUCUGGAAUCGACUACAAAACUAUUCUCCACAACAAACCAUAAAAGUACUGAAGUAUCAGUUCAAAAAGUGCAACCGGAAGUGAUGACGAACUACCUCGAAGGCCAAUUGUCAUGUAUCAUACGUCAACAGGACCGCUAUAUGAGGGUUACUUACCGUCUGGGUAGACACCAAACAGCACGGCAAACUUUUUAAAUACAUACAAGACCUGUAUGUAUGAAACGAGAGAGAGACAGGAUAUUGAGGUGUCAGUGUUCAUUCCUCUGAGAUAUAGAGAAACUUUUUAUUUGACAUUUUGCACAUAAAAUGGUGAUUUUGUUUAAUUGACAAUAUUAACAUUUGUUUUCCAUUUUUAUUUUAUUACUGAGUAUGAAACAAUUCUGCAUAUUAAAGCCGCAUUAUUUUUAA